UUAAUUGACCGCCACCCGUGAGCGAAUAGUUCGCUCGAUCUCGCUCUGUCGAUCGAGUCCGGCUGUGGAAGCCAUUUUAUUCUUGUGAAUGUGCUAAAGUAUUUUUUGUGGGAUCUCGCACUCAAAAUAGUCGUGUCAAUGUGUGCCUAUAUUGAUUGUGUUUCGUGACGUGUGAUCGUGUUAUAGAAAUUAAGAAUGUACGUGUUCCAAAUCGGUCUGUGUUGACCUGCCCCGUUUCUUACGCGGUCGCACAGCAGGCAUCGAUUAGUGCAGCAAGGCGGCCUCUAAUAACGGCGAAUCUACGGUAUCGGACUGGUUUGUGGUGUGCGCCAUGGGCAACAAUGCUGCCACCGCCAACAAGAAGGUGGACGCCGCCGAAAGCGUCAAGGAGUUCCUCGAUCAAGCCAAAGAGGAUUUUGAGGAAAAAUGGAAGAAGAAUCCUACCAACACCGCCGGACUGAACGACUUCGAGCGAAUAAAAACCUUAGGUACGGGCUCGUUCGGGCGAGUCAUGAUAGUGCAGCAUAAACCCACGAAAGAAUAUUACGCUAUGAAAAUAUUAGACAAACAGAAAGUUGUGAAGCUGAAACAGGUGGAGCACACGCUGAACGAGAAGCGCAUCCUGCAGGCGAUCAACUUCCCCUUCCUGGUGAGCCUCAAGUUCCACUUCAAGGAUAACUCGAACCUGUACAUGGUGCUGGAGUAUGUGCCUGGCGGCGAGAUGUUCUCGCACCUGCGCAAGGUGGGUCGCUUCUCAGAGCCGCACUCGCGUUUCUACGCGGCGCAAAUAGUGCUCGCAUUCGAGUACCUCCACUAUCUUGACCUUAUCUAUCGCGAUCUCAAACCUGAAAACUUGCUGAUCGAUUCCCAAGGCUACCUCAAAGUGACGGACUUCGGGUUCGCGAAGCGCGUCAAAGGCCGUACGUGGACACUGUGCGGCACGCCCGAAUACCUCGCCCCGGAGAUCAUCCUCUCCAAGGGCUACAACAAGGCGGUGGACUGGUGGGCGCUGGGCGUGUUAGUUUACGAGAUGGCAGCCGGAUACCCGCCGUUCUUCGCCGACCAGCCCAUCCAGAUCUAUGAGAAGAUCGUUUCGGGCAAGGUCCGCUUCCCUUCGCACUUCGGCUCCGACCUAAAAGACCUGCUGCGUAACCUGCUGCAGGUGGACUUAACCAAGCGCUACGGCAACCUGAAGGCCGGCGUCAACGACAUCAAAGGUCACAAAUGGUUCGCGAGCACCGACUGGAUAGCCGUCUUCCAGAAGAAGAUCGAGGCGCCGUUCAUACCGCGGUGCAAGGGCCCGGGCGACACGAGCAACUUCGACGACUACGAGGAGGAAGCACUACGUAUCUCAUCGACGGAGAAGUGCGCGAAGGAGUUCGCCGAGUUCUGAGCGCACAGUUGGUGCCUGCGAGCGGACGCGCCCGCGACCGCGACCGGGUGUUUUGUAUCAGUGAAUCUUCCGUGAGGGUGGCCGCGGAGGCGCCGCGGCCCCGGUGGUGAGGACGCUGCGGCGCAACGGGGCCGGCGCGCUGUGCCACCCGUGUGGAGUGCGCCCGAGGUGGUUGUUGAACUAUUUCCGAUAUUUCGGUGGCGUUCAUUUGCUUAGUGCCCUCUGGAGCGGAGCGCGGCGGCGGCCCGGGGCCUGCCUUCGCCCGCCAGCCGCCACGACACACACUGAGCACUCGAUGUUCUACCCAAUUGUUCAUUUCAGUAUGUGGUAGUUUGCCAUUGACAAUAGAAUUGGGAUGUGGUAAGCUUUAUUAUAUAGUAUUUUUUAUUGUUUUUACGAAAUCAACAAUUUUGUAAUAAUAUGUAUAUCAAUCAUAAUAUGGUUGCUUUCUAAGAUUUUCUUCACGAUCAAAUUUCUCAAUUAAUAUUUUUAUCUUAAUGCUUAUCAACAUCACGGAACCAUGAAAUUAGGAUCAAUUUCUAUCACUGGUGCGAUAUUUUUGAAUUACCUUAAAAAUGAUGUAUUUAUCUAUGGAAUGUUGUUUGAACGUAGGUUUUUAAUUAUGUGACUAUUGGUUUUUGUUUAUAGUUAACAUUGUUGUAUCAGUUGAUAUUUUUUAAUAUUGUAAGGAACUAUAGCUACAUCAAAUUAUAUUAAAGAGAUUAAUUUAUUGUAUUUGUAUACACAUAGUUGUGUUCACAUGUGCAAUCUGACCUAUGUGUUUGUGAUCUGAUGUGAGGAUUCAUUUGGAUUUAAGUGUAAAUGUAUUAGUUCCUUAUUUUGUAGAUUAAGUGUAGUUACUUUAUUGUGAAUCCAAACACUAGUGCAAGAGCGCGUCCGGAGACAACACUGACACUCACCGGGUGCUUAUUGUUAGCAUCAGUUCCACAAAAGCAAUAAAUUACAAACGUGUUCAUUUUGAACAUGUUCCCAUUUGCAUUGAGAGCAAUAUUUCAACCAUAUUUAACAUGUAAACUUUUACACAUUGCAAUCUUUGAAUGCAGCACAAAAUGUAUCAAGAGAGAAUUUUUGUAUAUGAAACAUUGUUUUCAAUCAUAAUAGGAAUGUGUUUGAAAAAUUCCUAGUGGUAAAUCAUUAUUAUGCCUCUACGGCUAUAUCUUGUCAUUGAGACUGAUGUUAUCAAUAAGUAAUUGUAAAGAGACACAUCAUCAAUUUAAGAGUUCUGUCGUAUUGAUCCCACCAUUCUCUGGAGUGUGUGAUGAUACACCAAUGAAAUUAAAUUGGCAACAUUUAUUAUAAAGUUUGUUAGCUAUUAGAUGUAGGACUUUGAAUUCAAGCUGUACAAAUAAAAUAUCUAGUAAAUUGUAGUGCAUUUUACAUUGUGGAAAUUGUGCGAGUCUGUGGUAAUAGUUGUUAGGUUGAUAUGAAAGGUUACUUAAAGGCUCCGUGCACAUAUUUAAUAACACUAAUGUGCAGCUGGAGCGGCAUGUAGUAUUUCUUUGGAAAAUAUUGACCCUACUAUAUAACUUCACAUUCAGAUCUAACUAAAUGAGAUAUAAGAGUCAUAUCAAAUUGUUUGUACAUGAGUCUAUGUAAUCAUCUCACAUUAUCGUCCGUCAUUUCUGAUUAGUACUCUAGUGAUGUCAACUGACCUAUCUUUUUGAUGAAAGAUUAAAAAGUUACCUAUAUUACUAAUUCUUAAUUAAGCACUAAGGAUUAUUGUUGUUAACAAUGUCCUCAUUGGUGGAAUGUCCUUCUUAUUUAUAAGUUUUUUUCAUUUUAAUUGUUUAUUUGGUGCCAUAAUUAUCUCCAUUUUGGAUGUGGGUCUUGUGUGUAAAUAAUUUCAUAGCAGUGUUUUAAGACUUUUCUUAAGAUCCGUUUUGAUACCUUUGUUAUAAUUAUUGCCUUGUUCUGUAUUGUUGCCACACUAAUUAAUUAUUAGUCAGUAUUAACAUUUGCACCGUUUUUACUAAGUGAUACUAUAAACUAGGUCUCGAACUGUAAAUGAAAAUUGUUCAGCCUCUAUGAAGUAGCUAGUCACUUCGUCAUUAUAACUUAAAUAUGCUUGAAGUUAUUGAAGUGGCAAUAUUAAGGAUAGCUUGGUGUCUUAACGCUUUAGAAUUAGCUUGUAGUGUAAUUAGAUAAUUGAUUAAUUUGCGCGUUUCGAAAGAAAGAGUAAGUAAUGUUCAUGUGGAAGCGUUUUUCUAAACUAUAAAAUCGAAAGGUAAAUUGUAUGAAACAUUUCUCAUGUUACUUUCCAGUCAUUGUUAUCGGCUGUUUUUCAUUGAAACUAGCGUAUUACCGCGGCUGUCGUCUGUCAGACGUCGACUAGUUGAUUAAGUGAAGGGAUAUUCGUAUCUUGUAAGUAAACGGCAUUCACCAUUUGGACAUUGUUUGACAUUUUCGAAUAAUGUUUGAGCCGCUCGCGAUGUGCAUAGCUCCAAGCGCAAUAGUCAAGUUUGUAGAGUGAGACGCAUCAUUUCUUUCGAAGAUUGUAUUUAAAUUAAGAUUUUCAGAUGUGUAUUCUACGUUACAGUGAUUGUAAAUAAAUAUAGAGUGGUCGUGUUCCCGGUAAUUAGGAGAUUCAUUGUCAGCUUCUAUAUCCGCGUACUUCAUUCCAGUAGCUUCACAAACUUGCUCAUCUUCACAACGUGGACGUUCUAAUGUGAACAUUUUAAAGCCAUUUUGGAUAUUAUAAACAUUAGUGUUACAGUUAUGUGUAUUUGCGAACACUCGUCUUUUUAUAUCUGUACGUAUUAUAAUUAAAAUGUUCACGUAUAGAUCUAUUCUAUCGAGUGCCUAUAGCAUUGAAAGUUGAAGUGUAAAAAGUCAUUUAAUUUCAGUAAUUAUUUGUCACCAUGUAUUGAUCUUCCAUAAAAUUACGAUGAAAUUAAAAAUAUCGAUGUAACAGUAAA